GACUGGCGUCCAAGAAGCAGAUUAGGAUAUUAGGCGCUCGGUGGGACACAUUAGGGGGGGUGGGGGAGUCUGCGUCCCAGCCGAGGGGUGUGAGUGACAAUAAUGAGAAACACAUGUCCGCCGGCCCCCUCCUACACAGGCUGGGAGUCGGGGAGGGUGGCUCGGCGGAGCUGCACGGCGCCGCACACACUUGUCACCAUGCCCUGGCCGUACUACUGUCUCCUCUUCUUAUUUCUCGCCCCCCGCCAGGUCCCGGCGUGCCCCAGCCGAUGCCUCUGCUUCCGCAGCACCGUCAGGUGCAUGCAUCUGAUGCUCGACGCCGUCCCGGAGGUAGCCGACCACACCAGCAUCAUGGACCUGAGAUUUAACCGUAUCCGAGAGGUCAGUUCUGAAGCCCUCCAGAAGCUGCCCAACCUUCACACUCUGUUGCUGAACAACAACCGUAUCCAGCAGCUCUCUCGGAAACCAUUUGAGAAACUGGAAAAUUUGAAGCAUCUAUACCUGUACAAGAAUGAAAUUCGCACCUUACAGAGCAAUGCCUUCCAUGGGCUGGGCUCACUGGAACAGCUGUAUCUCCACUUCAACCACCUGGAGACUCUGGAUGCCGACACGUUCGGGGAUCUGCCAAAGCUGGAGAGACUGUUCCUGCACAAUAACCGGAUCUCCAGGAUUCAGCCAGGGACCUUCUCUCAGCUGCCAUCACUGACCCGUCUGCGCCUGGACUCCAACCCCUUGGUGUGCGACUGUGAGCUGGUGUGGCUGGGGGACCUCCUGAAGAAGUUCACAGAGAGGAGCAGCACGCUGACGGCUGCCACGUGCGAACAUCCAACGCAUUUGCGAGCAAAGUCUGUGAGCUCCCUCCCUGCGGAUCAGUUUAACUGCGAAAUGCCUCGAAUUGUAUCAGAACCUAGGGAUGCAGAUGUCGUCCUUGGAAAUACCGUUUAUUUUAUCUGCCGAGCCGAGGGGAAUCCCAAACCUGACAUCAGAUGGAUACAUAACAACAACGAGAUCGAUAUGAGUUAUGACGGGCGGCUGAAUCUUUUACACGACGGGACGCUGAUGAUUCAGAACACGCAAGAGUCAGAUAAAGGGAUCUAUCAGUGCGCGGCCAAGAACAUCGCAGGGGAGGCGCGCACUCAGGAAGCGGUCCUGCGCUACUCCGGCAGCCGCUUGAAGCCGUUGUUUAUAAUCCAUCCACAAACCACUGAGGUGCUCGUAGAUGGAAGCGUGACCCUGGAGUGCGGAGUCUCUGGGGAUCCUCAGCCAACGAUCACAUGGACCACGGAGAACGGGGAAGCCAUCCCCAAUGACGGGCGCUUUACCAUCACCAGCUCCGGGGGUCUGUACAUCCAGAACCUCACCGCCGCCGACCAGGGGCUCUAUCACUGUCAUGCCAGCAACAGCGAGGGCAGCGUACAGGCCUCGGCAUCCGUCAUCGUACAAGAUUCGCAGAAGUUCUUUGUGGUUCCCAGAGACCAGACGGUGACUGAAGGCCGGGAUGUGGAAUUUCUUUGUUCCGCCAGAGGACGACCAGCUCCUGUCAUAACCUGGACUAAAGACGGAGGAGAACUGUCAAAUGAUGGGCGACAUGCGAUUCUGGAAUCGGGGACUCUCCAUAUCCUGAAAUCUGUGAUCAAGGAUAGCGGGCGGUAUCAGUGCCAUGCCACCAGCUCUAUGGGGGUCAGCUCUGUGUCGGUCCAGCUGUAUGUGCAGCCACGAGAUACAGCGCGUGUCGGGGAUACCUUUGUGGAGACAUCCUUGCGAGAAGCCAUCCAAAGCGUCAACAGCAGUUUCAAGGCCACUCACAGAUACCUGUUCAGCAGUUUACCCAAGUCGCCUAGUGAUCUUUUUGCCCUGUCCCGGUACCCCCGUGACCCUCAGGCCAUCGAGACUGUUCGAGCAGCAGAGAUCCUGGAGAGGACCCUUGAACUGAUAGAGGAACAUGUGCAGCAAGGCCUGCCUGAAGAUCUGAACAGCACAGGUUAUCACUAUAGGGAUCUGGUGUCCCCUCACUUCAUCAGCAUGAUUGCCAACAUCUCGGGAUGCUCUGCUCACAGACGGACACCUAACUGCUCGGACGUUUGUUUCCAUCAGCGCUACCGCACCCACGAUGGUACUUGUAACAACCUGCGGCAUCCAAUGUGGGGGGCAUCUGUCACUGCUUUCCAGCGCCUGCUUAAGCCCGCCUACCAGAAUGGCUUUAACCAACCCAGAGGAGCAUCAGAUGAGUCCGGUGUGUUGCCUUUACCGCUUCCUCGUCUGGUGUCCACCACCAUGAUUGGCACAGAGACCAUCACUCCAGAUGCCCAGUACACACACAUACUUAUGCAGUGGGGUCAGUUUCUGGACCAUGAUCUAGACCAGACCAUCCCGGCACUCAGUAUGUCCAGAUUUUCUGACGCAGCACCCUGCAGCCAGGUGUGUACCAAUGACUCACCCUGCUUUCCCAUCAGUAUGCCCGAGAAUGAUCCGAGGUUAAAAAACGGACAGUGCAUGUUCUUUGCCCGAUCCAGCCCGGUUUGCGGCAGUGGAGUGACCUCUCUUCUUUUGGACUCGGUCUAUUACCGAGAGCAGGUCAAUAUGCUCACUGCUUACAUUGAUGCCUCCAAUGUGUACGGGAGUUCUGAGCAAGAGUCCUUAGAGCUCCGAGAUCUGACAAACCAGAGGGGCCUGUUGAAAGUCGGUGGAGUGAUGUCUUCUGGAAAGGCAAUGAUGCCUUCUGCUCAUGGGCCUCCUACAGAAUGUAUGCGGGACGAGAGGGAAAGUUCAGUCCCGUGCUUUUUAGCAGGAGAUCAUAGAGCUAAUGAACAGCUUGGCCUUACCUCCAUGCACACCUUGUGGUUUCGGGAACAUAACCGCAUUACAGAACAUCUAAUGAUGCUCAACCCUCACUGGAAUGGCGAUAAGAUCUACCAUGAGGCCAGAAAGAUUGUUGGUGCUCAAAUGCAGCACAUUACCUACACCCACUGGCUUCCAAAGAUUCUUGGAGAACCUGGAAUGAGAAUGUUGGGGGAGUAUAAAGGUUACGACCCUAACGUCAACAGCGCAAUCUUCAAUGCCUUUGCCACUGCUGCUUUACGAUUUGGGCACACCCUGAUUAACCCCAUUAUGUAUCGACUGAAUGAAACCUUUCAACCCAUCCACCAAGGGCAUCUCCCACUGCAUAAAGCCUUCUUCAGCCCUUUCAGGUUGCUCCAGGAGGGAGGGAUAGACCCUAUUCUGCGAGGGCUGUUUGGGGUGCCUGGUAAGAUGAGGGUCCCCACACAACUACUCAACUUGGAGCUCACCGAGAAACUUUUCGCUGCUGUGCAUUCGGUGUCCUUAGACCUUGCGGCUAUCAAUAUCCAACGUGGCAGGGACCAUGGGAUUCCACCAUACAAUGACUACAGGGUGUUCUGCAACCUUACCUCAGCACAGGACUUUGAGGACCUGAAGAAUGAAAUCAAGAACCAGGAUGUGAGGCAGAAGCUCCGCAGUUUGUACGGGACCCCCAAGAAUGUGGAUCUCUUUCCAGCCCUCAUCGUGGAGGAUCUGGUCCCCGGGACCCGCGUUGGCCCCACUCUUAUGUGCCUUCUGGUCACUCAGUUUAAAAGGCUUCGGGAUGGAGACAGGUUCUGGCACAGUAAUCCUGGUGUCUUUACCCCAGCCCAGUUGACUGAAAUCAAGCAGACCUCACUGGCUCGUGUCCUGUGUGACAACGGUGACAGCAUUCAGCACGUCCAAGACGAUGUGUUCCAGGUGGCCCUCUUCCCUCAGGACAUGCGGCCUUGCAGUGACAUCCCUGGCCUGGACCUGCGCUUCUGGAAGGAGUGUUGCGAUGGUUGUGGAACACAGGGUCAGUCUGAUGCCCUCUCUUCACACUUCCGGAACCGACGGGAUGAGGAAUUCACCUAUACUGACAGAUUCAGCCCUGAGGACUCCAGACAGGAGGAAUAUCUACAAGAGGACUCAGAAGAAGACUACAUCUCGACACUUGAAACAACCCUCGCAGCGUUACAAAACAAGGUGAGGGAGAUGGAAAGCCAGCUGAAGAAGCUGCAGAAGCCUCAGAUGGACACAAGGGGGCAGCACCCGCUACAAUGAUGUACU